UUGGCCAGGUGUGAUUGGACACACAAGGAAUUUGUCUUUGGUGCAUAUGCUCUUGGUGUACAUAAAAGAUACAUUGUCACUAAUCAUAGGGUACAACACUUAAGGAUAAUCAUAGGGUACAAAUAAGCAAUCAAAUCAUACUAGCAAACCAUCAAUAUAAAUCGUAAGGAUACAAGCAACAAAGUUACAGUCUACCUAUAUAAAUUUGACUGAUAAAUGACCAAACUCAUACAUAAAUAUAAGGGUUUCCCUGCCUAAGCAGGGGGUUGGGGGGGUUGGACUAGAAGAGCUCCAAGGUCCCUUCCAACUCUGAUCUAUAACUAUAACUAACAUACUAUCCUAUCUUAUCCCCAAAGUCUCUGGGCAGAUCAGGGUGGUUCGUUUCUAGCCCUCCAUUCAUGGAACUGAAGCCAAUUAGGGUCAUUAGUCCCAUUUAGGGAAUCCCACCUGAGCAUCUUUCCUAAAAGGGUCAGGGUUCUGGUUUCUCCCAAGGCAAAGUCACCUCCGGGAAGCCAAGCGAGGCCUCUGCUCUCCCCCCAGGUCUCUUUAGCCAAACCCGGGUUAAGAGACGUCUCGUGUGAAUGCAGCCUUCCUGAUUUCUCCAGACCCCUGGCCGAGGAGGGUGGAGGGAGACAAGGAUGCCAUCUUAGCCUCCUCUCGGUCUACCAGAGACAACGACGCUUUCCCCGCACCUCUGCGAUCCCGGAAGCAAAAAGAGCGAGCAAGACGAGGCCGAAAAAGACCCUUCAGGCGCCGCCAUGGCUCCCCUGCGCUCCUUCAUGCACAAAUUGACCGCCUUUUUUCGCGCCGUCGCCAUGCCGGUCUCCAAAGUAACCCCCGGGGAACCUUCCAGCGCCAGGCAGGUGACCAUUCCCGACGGGGACACGCCUUAUCAGAGCCUGCGCUUCGUCAAGCUGACGGAAAAUGCCGUGGCGCCUUCUAAAGGAUCUUCCCGGGCGGCCGGCUACGAUUUGUACAGUGCAUAUGAUUGUGAGGUCCCUGCUGUAGGGAAAGCUGUUGUGAAAACAGAUAUUCAGGUUGCCCUUCCUACAGGUUGCUAUGGUCGAGUAGCUCCUCGAUCUGGAUUAGCUGUAAAUCAUUUCAUUGAUGUCGGUGCUGGAGUAAUUGAUGAGGACUACAGGGGAAAUGUUGGUGUUGUAUUGUUUAACUUUGGAAAGGAACCGUUUCAAGUUAAGAAGGGUGACAGGAUUGCUCAACUAAUCUGUGAGCGCAUCUACUAUCCAGUUCUUGAAGAAGUCAAGGUUUUGGAUGAAACAGAACGUGGCUCAGGCGGUUUUGGAUCAACUGGGAAGAAAUAAAGAAAACUCUUUUAUACAGUAUGUUUUUGUACACCUUUUUAAAAUGUAAAUAAACUUUGAUAGAAAA